AUGGUGUUUUGUUUCGAACUCUAUCUUCGAUAGUACUACAGCAACUCUGAGUAGGGAUAAGGAUUUAAAGCCCCGCCUUUCGUUCCUCUCAUUUUUACUUCUUCUACUCUGAAAUCCUAUCAACAACACUAAACCCUCUCAAACAGAAAGAGAUUGGAAGAAGAAUGAGAAGAACCAUAUCUGCUACAGAAUAAACCUUUAGGCUGUGCGGUUUACUGUCAAUAUGACUCCUCUAGCUCCUUGUUCCACAAGCAAUGCUGUAGUCUUUCCUGGAACUACCUUUGUGUCGCCGAAAAGUAACCAUCUAACACGAUACAGUACUCUCAGAAAAUGUUCAAGACAAACUUUAUCCUCGAAAAGGUGUCUCUUACCCCUUUCGACAUCAGUUUGCCUGAUUCCAACUUACAGAAGUGGAUAUUCGGUACCGCAUCAAUCCAGAUUCCGUAUUGUAGCAGCUACUGGUACUGAUGUAGCUGUAGAGGAACCAGCUCCUGUCGUUGAAGGUGAAGAGGCUGGAACUUCAGAAGUUCCACCAACUACUAGUGAAUAUGGUGAAACGCCCGCAGCUGCAGAUCCCGUUGUUACCCCUACAUCUCAGUCUAAACGUCCAAGACCCGCGCGGAAAAGUGACAUGCCACCAGUAACGAAUGAGGAACUGGUUCCUGGUGCGACUUUUACUGGUAAAGUAAAGUCAAUCCAGCCAUUUGGUGCUUUUGUCGACUUUGGAGCAUUUACAGAUGGUCUUGUUCAUGUUUCUCAGUUGAGUGAUGGCUUUGUUAGAGAUGUUGGCAGUGUUGUCUCUAUUGGGCAAGAGGUUAAGGUUAAGUUACUUGAAGCAAAUACUUCAAAUGGACGUAUUUCUCUCACUAUGAAAGAGGGGGAUGAUACCAAUAAGCCACAACAACGUAGAGAUAGUCAAAGUGGUAAUAGCAGUGACAGGCCAAGACCACAAAGAAAGAACCAGAAUCAGAAACCCUCAAAGUUUGUGAAGGGGCAGGAAUUGCAGGGUACUGUAAAGAACUUAACUAGAUCCGGUGCUUUUAUUUCUCUUCCAGAAGGAGAGGAAGGAUUCCUCCCAACAUCUGAGGAAGUUGAUGAAGGAUUUGCAAGUCUUAUGGCCGGAGGAUCUUCACUUACGGUUGGUGAAGAAGUUAGUGUCCGGGUAUUGCGUUUGGCAGCGGGGCGCUUAACUUUGACAAUGAAGAAAGAAGUAGUUGGUGGAGAAACCGCAGAAGUCACUGAGGGGGUGGUACACUCAGCAAGCAACCCCUUUAUGCUAGCUUUCCGAAAAAAUAAGGAUAUUGCUGCGUAUUUGGAUGAGAGAGAGAAAGAGCAAACACCACCUGAAACACCAAAACCCUUGCAGGAGAUUGCUAGUGGGAUUGUCGAAACAGAAACCAUUACGGAUUCUUCUGAUGUGCCGGAUCAGCCAGCAAAGAAUGAUGAUGACCAGCUCACCGUUUCAUCUGUAGUGGAUGAUAAAACUUCCGCGGAUGAGGUGGUUGUUGAAAAGGAAGUUGAAGAGGUAAGCUCAACAAAUUUGAAUGCUGAGGAGAGUUUGGAGGAAGCUCCUAUCUCAAAUGAAGGUAAUGAAAUUACAAAUGAAUCUGAAUCCACUGCAGAAGUUGGUAAUAGUGAUGAGGUUGUAGAGGCUGAAGCUGAUAACACAAUAAAAAAUGAAGUCCAGGCAGAAGCACCGUUGACCGUAGAGAAUGAAAUACCAUCAGUUACACCAGAUGAAGAGGAAAAAGUUGAACCGACUACUGACAGUAAUGGAAGUGUUGACACCUCAAAUCAGCAAGCAAACAAUCCAGCACCCCAAGAAAGCGCGCCUAAAGCAACUAUAUCUCCAGCUCUUGUAAAGCAGCUACGUGACGAAACCGGAGCAGGAAUGAUGGACUGCAAAAAGGCUCUCACUGAAACUGGAGGGGACAUAGUUAAAGCUCAAGAAUUCCUCAGAAAGAAAGGUUUAGCUAGUGCAGACAAGAAAGCCAGCAGAGCCACAGCUGAAGGUAGGAUUGGGUCAUACAUUCAUGAUAGCAGGAUUGGAAUCCUAAUAGAGGUCAACUGUGAAACCGAUUUUGUAUCACGGGGGGAGAUUUUCAAGGAGUUAGUUGAUGACUUGGCAAUGCAAGCCGCUGCUUACCCACAAGUAGAGUAUCUUGCUACUGACGAUGUCCCAGAAGAGCUUGUGAACAAAGAAAGGGAGAUUGAAAUGCAGAAGGAAGAUCUUCAGUCGAAACCGGAACAGUUUAGGUCAAAGAUUGUGGAUGGUCGGAUAAGGAAAUGGCUUGAGGAGAGUGCGUUGUUGGAGCAACCUUACAUAAAGAAUGAUAAGAUAGUUGUGAAGGACUGGAUAAAGCAAACAAUUUCGACAAUUGGGGAGAAUAUAAAAGUAAACAGAUUUGUAAGGUACAAUCUUGGGGAAGGUUUGGAGAAGAAAAGCCAGGAUUUUGCUGCAGAGGUAGCUGCCCAAACUGCUGCAAAAGCUUCCCCUGUUGCACCAGUACAGGAUCAACCGCCCGUGGUCGAAGCGAAGGAUGCUGUUGAGAAAGCACCAGCAGUGAAAGUAUCAGCUGCAUUGGUGAAGCAGCUUCGUGAAGAAACAGGUGCUGGCAUGAUGGACUGCAAGAAAGCUCUUGCAGAAACUGAAGGUGACCUCGAAAAGGCACAAGAAUAUCUAAGGAAGAAGGGUCUUUCAACUGCAGACAAGAAAUCCAGCCGACUGGCUGCAGAGGGACGGAUUGGGUCCUACAUCCAUGAUACCCGCAUUGGGGUAUUGAUCGAGGUCAACUGUGAGACUGAUUUUGUAGGGCGAAGUGAGAAAUUCAAAGAGUUGGUUGAUGAUCUUGCAAUGCAAGCAGUUGCCUGCCCGCAAGUGCAGUAUGUUUCUAUUGAAGACAUUCCAGAGAGCAUAGUGAGCAAAGAGAAAGAUAUAGAGAUGCAGAGAGAGGAUUUGCAGUCGAAGCCUGAAAACAUUCGACAGAAAAUUGUUGAGGGAAGGAUCUCAAAGAGGCUAGGAGAGAUCGCUCUUUUAGAGCAACCUUUCAUCAAGAACGAUAGUCUUCUCGUUAAAGAUUUGGUAAAACAAACCGUUGCAGCACUUGGUGAGAACAUUAAAGUUCGGCGAUUUGUUCGGUUUACUCUAGGGGAAUCAGUUAAGGAUGUGAAACCAGAAGAAGCUGAAUAAUGAUCUUGCAAAAACUAUUUUUUCACAUGAAUGCGGCAAAUGAUUCUUUUUUGUUGUGCUGUUGGAGAGUUCAUUAGGUGUAAGGUCUGAGUUAGCUGGUACUUCAUGUAUCUGUUUGUAUUAUUGUUCAAAGUUAUUUUUGGCAUCAAAAUUUUGGGAAUAGUGGUGCAAGAAAGAUGCAAAUUCAUGUGCAGAGAUAGAAAUGCAUUUACAUUUGUGCUUGUUA